UAAUGAUAGAAGAUAGCACAAUUUGAGAGCAAUACUACAUUUUAUCAAGAUGUCCGUGAAAUGGAUCUCAUCUCUGCUGCUACUACAAAUGAGUUGUUAUUUCAACUCUGGAAGUUGUGGAAAGGUGCUGGUAUGGCCGAUGGAAUACAGCCACUGGAUGAAUAUAAAGAAUAUACUAGAGGAACUUAUCCAUAGGAGACAUGAAGUGACAGUUCUGAGACCUUCAAGUUACAUUUUUGUUGAUGUUAAUUCAUCAUCUGGAAUUAAAUUUGAAACAUUUACUACAUCUGCGAAUAGAGAUCAAUGGGAAAAUUUUUUCAUUCAUGGAAUCACUCGGUUGAUUAAUAUUGGCUCCAAAGAUUCAUGUAUUACAUAUUUUUCAGAAGUAGAAAACAUUUUCAAAGAAUUUUCUGAAACUUGGCAAAAUUUCUGUAAAGAAGCAGUCUCAAACAAGAUACUUAUGAAUAAACUCCAAGAAUCAAGAUUUGAUGUCCUUCUUGCAGAUGCCAUUGGUCUCUGUGGUGAACUGGUGGCUGAGCUACUAAAAAUACCUUUGGUGUACACUCUCCGGUUCUCUCCAGGCUACAAAAUAGAAAAAAAUGGAGGAGGCCUUAUACUUCCUCCUUCUUAUGUACCUGUUGUAAUGUCAGGACUAGGUGGUCAAAUGACUUUCAUGGAAAGGGUAAAAAACAUGAUAUGUAUGCUUUAUUUUGACUUUUGGUCUGAUCCGUUUAAUGAGAAAAAGUGGGAUGAGUUUUACAGUGAAGUUUUAGGAAAACCCACUACAUUAUAUGAGGCAAUGGGAAAGGCAGAAAUGUGGCUCAUUCGAAGCUAUUGGGAUUUGGAAUUCCCUCACCCCACCUUACCAAAUUUUGAUUUUGUUGGAGGACUCCACUGCAAACCUCCCAAACCUCUACCUAAGGAAAUGGAAGAAUUUGUGCAGAGCUCUGGAGAACAUGGUGUCGUGGUGCUUUCUUUGGGGUCCAUGGUCAGUAACAUGACAAAAGAAAGGGCCAAUGUGAUUGCCUCAGCCCUUGCACAGAUUCCACAAAAGGUGGGCAAAGUGUCUCAAUGGCAAAUAUCCACUAAAGAAGUCAUUAAAUCCUGCAAAUAUCUGCUUUCAAAAAACUUCUUUCUUUUCCUACAGCGUUAGGAAGUCACUGUAUACUUAAGCAAUGUUACAGAAAGAGUUAAAUUUUAUUUAAAAAUGCACUAUCACAAUAACAUUAAGCAAGUAUUUAAAGGGGUUUAGAAUGAAUCACUCAGGUUAGGAUUUCCACGUUAGUUUCACUUUUUAAUUUAUCCCCAUUUUGGAAUAGACUUUAAUAUGCAUUUUAGGGGGAUAUUCAGACAGGAAAAAGUCAACUGGAUCCAAUUCAAGAUCCAGGUAUCCACUCACCCAUGUUAAUGAAAAAAUGGGGAAGAGCAAGAUAAACUACCAACAGAGUUAACAGACAA